ACUACAACAGGAGUGCAACAUCCUCACCAUGUUCAUCCUGCACAUUGCAACAACACUGUUUCUAAUUGACGGUCCCGAUGAAAGGUACCGAGGAGCAGCAACCUCGGCGAGCGGGUGAAUAACAUCGAGCUGGGUACCGUUGCAGAAGCUGGUUCUGCCGGUCCGGCUGCGUCGCCAGAGGACCCGACCAUUUGAAGGCGACUGCUGAGGGUAGUCCGCUAAGCUGCUUACAGCCCGGCCAGCAGGCCCGUGGUUGAACUGAUGCAAAGAACGGACGGCUUCGUUAGCGCAGCGAAACAUGGCGUAUAAAAACCAGCGUUGUUCCGUUCUGCCGGCAUCGACAUAACUGGAUCAGACCUGAAGGAAUGUUCUCCCUCACAGAAGUAGCCUCUCUGAAUGACAUCCAGCCAACUUACCGAAUACUGAAACCAUGGUGGGACGUCUUCAUGGAUUACCUUGGUAUUGUCAUGUUGAUGUUGGCCAUAUUUUCUGGAACAAUGCAGUUAACUAAAGACCAAGUGGUUUGUCUUCCCAUUCUGGAAGAAUCUCCGGAGGGGCCUGGGGCCUUCCUGGGACCCCGACCACCAGAGACAGCCGAUAGAUUAUGGAACAAAGAAAGUGCCAUGGGAGAGCAAGCCGCUCCCUUAAUGGCCAAAAGGCCUCCUGAUAGAAUUGGCCCGACAGUUACCUUCCCCCAGUCGGGUACUUUAGUACAGCCUUUGCCUACUGGCGUCAGGACAAAACUGGAUUUUCAGCAGUAUGUUUUCGUCAACCAGAUGUGCUACCACGUCGCCUUACCUUGGUAUUCCAAAUAUUUCCCAUACCUUGCUCUGAUCCACACCAUUGUGUUAAUGGUCAGCAGUAACUUUUGGUUCAAGUACCCAAAGACAAGUUCCAAAAUAGAACACUUUGUUUCCAUCCUGGGAAAAUGUUUUGAGUCGCCUUGGACUACCAAAGCUCUGUCGGAGACGGCGUGCGAAGACUCUGAGGAGAACAAGCAGAGACUGGCUGGGGCCUCCUCCCUCCUGAAGCAUCUGUCCACAAGUAGCGAGGAGGGUAGUCCAAACCAGUCUGCCCCAAUGCUCACUAAAACCGGGGUCACCUUUUCUGCUGAGAAGCUCGUGAGUGAAGUUCCCGCCAUGACUAUACUGGACAAGAAAGACGGCGAGCAAGCUAAAGCCCUAUUUGAAAAAGUUCGGAAAUUCCGAGCCCACGUUGAAGACAGUGACUUAAUUUACAGGCUAUAUGCCAUUCAGACCGUCAUCAAAACCGUCAAAUUCAUUUUGAUCCUGUGCUACACGAUGACUUUUGUUGCCUCCAUAGAUUUUGACCACGUGUGUGAGCCUGAAAUAAAGCAUUUGACUGGAUACACCAAGUUCCACUGCACACACAACAUGGCGUUCAUGAUAAAGAAACUCCUUGUUAGUUAUAUUGCUCUCAUAUGCGUCUAUGGCGUCAUCUCUAUAUACACGCUGUUCUGGCUUUUCCGGAGACCUCUUAAGGAGUAUUCCUUUGAAAAAGUCAGAGAGGAGAGCAGCUUCAGUGACAUUCCGGAUGUCAAGAAUGACUUUGCGUUCCUGCUCCACAUGGUGGAUCAGUACGACCAGCUAUAUUCAAAGCGCUUCGGUGUGUUUCUCUCCGAGGUGAGUGAGAACAAACUGAGGGAGAUCAGCCUGAACCACGAGUGGACUUUUGAGAAGUUGUGGCAGCAUGUGACGCGCAAUAUUCAAGAGAAGUUGGAGCUCCACCUGUUCAUGCUCUCCGGAGUGCCAGAGGCUGUGUUUGAUCUCACUGAUCUGGAAAUCCUUAAAUUGGAAUUGAUCCCAGAGGCCAGGAUAACAGCUAAGAUCUCACAAAUGACAAACCUCCAAGAGCUGCACUUCUAUCACUGUCCGGCCAAAGUGGAACAGACUGCUUUCAUUUUCCUUCGUGAUCACCUCCGGUGCCUUCAUGUCAAAUUUACAGACGUCGCUGAGAUCCCUAGCUGGGUCUACUUGUUGAAGAACUUACGGGAACUGUACUUGGUUGGUAACCUGAACUCUGAAAACAACAAAAUGAUUGGACUCGAGUCUUUGCGGGACCUCAGGCACUUGAAGGUUCUGCACCUCAAAAGCAACCUCACAAAGGUCCCGACAAACAUAACGGAUCUGUCUCCGCAUCUCAUCAAGCUGGUCAUUCACAACGACGGCACAAAGCUCUUAGUUCUGAACAGCUUGAAGAAAAUGUUGAAUCUCGCCGAACUGGAGCUUCUGAACUGUGAGUUGGAGCGCAUCCCCCAUGCUAUCUUCAGUUUGAACAACCUUCAGGAACUGGACCUGAAAUCCAACAACAUUCGUACCAUAGAGGAGAUCAUCAGCUUCCAGCACCUCAAGAGACUUACGAGCCUCAAACUUUGGCACAACAAGAUCAUUUCCAUUCCAGUGUCAAUUAGUCAUGUGAAAAAUCUUGAGUCGCUCUAUCUCUCACACAACAAGCUGGAGUCUCUCCCCUCAUCGUUGUUUACCCUUCUGAAGUUACGGUACCUCGAUGUCAGCCACAACUCCAUAGUGGUGAUACCCCUGGAGGCUGGCUUUCUGCAGAACCUCCAAUAUUUUGCCAUUACAGGCAACAAAGUCGAGGUGGUUCCCAAGCAACUGUUCAAGUGCAACAAACUGAGGACCUUGUGUGUCGGGCACAACUGCAUCUCUACCAUUCCGGAGAAAAUUGGUCAGCUCUCACAGCUGACACACCUGGAACUGAAGGGAAACUGUCUGGAUCGUCUCCCGGCCCAGCUCGGUCAGUGCGGGCUCCUGCGCCGGUGCUGCCUGAUAGUGGAGGAUCAUCUCUUUGACUCGCUCCCCAUGGAGGCCAAAGAGAGCAUCAAUCAGGAGUCUGGUGUUUCUUUUCCAAACGGUUGCAAGUGUCUCAGUGAUGGACGGUAAUGCAGAAGUGGCGUUUUAUCUUAGGGGCUGCGUGCCAGUAGAAAAACUUGUCCUGCAUUCUAUAUUAGUACCUUUCAUGAUGUUUUAGCAACUUAUAAAAAGAAAAUACCACAGCACAUACAAGGACUGUACCAUUUAAAAAAAUGUAAAUGGACACCAGAAAUGAUCAUGGCUUCUGUAUAUGGCAUCUAUAUAUAUUUAUAUCCUUUUUUCAUUUAUUGUAGGGACAUGGUAGCAGUUGAAUCACUUAUUUUUUCAUAUUUCGUAUGCAAAAAUACCAACAGUUGAAAUUUGUAGAACUUUUAAACGAUACCUUCUUAUCUUUUUUGAUUUAGUGUUACUUUCCUCUCGUGGACUAGAUAAGCUGACACUUAAAUGACCUUGGCUUAGAUAACGAGUCCACAAAUAAAAAUCCUACUCUCCUUUAAUGGUGUCUUGCCGUGCAGGUAGUUCUGAAGUAUCUGCAUCAAUUCAAAUGAAGUGGAUGUCAGUACAAUUUGCUCCUUGGUGCUCACAGCAAUACAAUAUUCAUUUUUACCAAAAUUGAACAGUGACAUUUCUUUUCAGUACAAGUGUCCCAACUACCCUGAACAGGACCUUGCAGUUUUUAUUACAUCCACCUUUUAGCAAAGAAGUGUUUUUAGUGAAACUAGUUUACAGCAGCGUGAUUGUGAAGUGACUGAGACACUGCUUCUGGAAGGAAAAGUUGCUGUUGGAACAUUCCAUUCCCCUCUAAUUGUAUUGGGAUAAAGGCGGAAAUCUCAGGUAUCGAUGCCUCCAGAUGUGAAUAAAAAACAUAAAAACGUUUGUUAUUCGGGUGAACUGACCCUUUAGAAAAAAACAAAUUCAAUUGAAAUAGUUGUAUACAAGCUAGCUGAGAACUGAGGAAACUGCUGAGGAAGACAGCAAAGAGGAGUUUGAAAGGCUGAUAGUUUCAGUCCGCCACUACAGCAUAGACCACAGAGUGAGUGACAUAUGCUGCACAAACAAAAGGAAGAACGGUGUUUGUAUCGCCCACAAACACAAUCCUCAUGCAUUCCAAUUUGAAUAUACAUUAAACACACCUCAAUGAUGGCCGCUCUCAUCUGAUCCUUUUCUCUAUUUGCAUGUUGAAGUCUUAAAUGACGGCAUUACUUUUUAUUAAGUUGAUUCCCCCCCCCACUCUUCCGUGUGUACAGCCAACCCCCCAAUGAUGUUUUUCACCAGUUGUACUUUUUGCUAAUGUUUAAGAGGAGACACCUCAGGUGAAUAAGCAAAACGUUUUAACUAAUAGAUACCAUGAAACUCCAGCUGAUUACCGACAUAAAGAUGAUCAUUUUUUGUAUUACAAGUUUUUAGAAAUGGCACGUUUAAACCCAUACGAGGCAUUAUCUAAGGGGAAGGUUUGAUGAAUUUAAGUGGUAAAAUAAAUACAUGUGUACGUUUUUUUUUCUUGUCUGAAAAAAAGACACGUUAUAAAAGCCAUACAACCCAAAACCUGAAAAUGUACUAGUCAAUGAAGAAAUUGGUGCACUCGUGUUUUGUCCUGUAAACUGUGUACUUUGUGUGUUCUUUCAAUGUAUUUAUGAUCUCAUUGUCUACUAUGUGUUCUCUCUGCACAGUAUUUUGUAAGCCAGAUUUUAAAAUGUGCUACAUGAAUCAACAAACUACUAAUUACACUGUUGUUAUUUUUACAAUUUGUCUAAAGUAGAAAAUUACACCCAAAUCUCUCUGCACACUAAAGUAAAUCUUGAUUCUCUAAAACACAGACUGAAACGUAUAAAUUAUCAUUUCAAAUGUAUUUUUUUAUUGUUAAAAAACUAUUAUGUUUCAACAAAUAAAUUUUUAAAGUUAACAAAUUGAGUUCAUGGUGGUGGGCAAACAGCUUCGUAAGUUUCAUUUUGUUUUUGCCAAGAUCGAUUGAUUGUUUUAUACAACAAAAUUGAGCCACAAGUCUGCAUUCUUAUUUACUUGUUUUUGAGUUGCAAUGAAAUGUGUGUAUCUUCACCUCAGAGCCCAUGCUGGGUGCACCUUUCUAGUUCAAUGUAAUACAUUUCUUUUGGCACGUGUGUUUGAUGAUUGUGUUGACUUUCACAUAAUAUAUUCAUUUCACUUUCUUACAGAUCAUGCAAUAUGUGUGUGACGCUAAGUGGAAUUCACUGGAUGGAAUUACGUUAAAUAGUCUUUGGUAAUAUAAUAUUGAUGUAUUUUUUUUUUAUGACACAAAGCUCACAACACUGUUACAAUCAUAUUAGAUUAUUUUUCUGCUCCUUUUGCUGUUGCUUUUGGUGGGCUUACAUUUUUUAAAGCCUUAAGGUAGAAGAGAACUAAAGCUCCAGUAGGAAUUGUUUCCUUUUUAUAAUGACAUUUGUGAUGUCAUUUUAAAAGGGACGUAUAUACAUUUCUUAGAUAGCGUUGCCCUCUGGUGGAGACUAACAGUUACUACAUUUUUAAUUUCGGCUGCUGCAUUGAAUCGUAUAGUUCAUGUGACAUUAUUUAGGGGAAUUUAAACAAACAU